CACGCCGGUCUGGGGGGCGGGGCGCCGGGGGCGCGCCCGGAAAUGACGACAGAAGUGGUGGGCGGGGACCCAAGAUGGCGGCCGUGGUGCUGGCGGCAACGCGGCUGCUGAGGGGCCCGGGCUCAUGGGGCGGCGCGCGGCUGAGGUUCGGAGCCCCUGCCUGCAGACAGUUCAGUAGUGGCGGUGCCUAUCCCAGCAUCCCCCUCUCUUCGCCCUUACCCGGAGUCCCCACGCCCGUGUUUGCUACAGUCGAUGGACAGGAAAAGUUUGAAACCAAAAUUACCACACUGGAUAAUGGGCUUCGCGUGGCGUCCCAAAAUAAGUUUGGACAGUUUUGCACGGUAGGAAUUCUUAUUAAUUCAGGAUCAAGAUAUGAAGCAAAAUAUCUUAGUGGAAUUGCUCACUUUUUGGAAAAAUUGGCAUUUUCGUCUACUGACCGAUUUGGCAGCAAGGAUGAAAUCUUGCUCACCCUGGAAAAGCAUGGAGGUAUUUGUGACUGCCAGACCUCGAGAGACACCACCAUGUAUGCUGUGUCUGCUGAUUCUAAAGGCCUGGACACGGUGGUUGGCUUGCUAGCUGACGUGGUCCUGCACCCCAGGCUAACAGAUGAAGAACUUGAGAUGACUCGAAUGGCUGUCCAGUUUGAGCUGGAGGACCUCAAUAUGCGCCCUGACCCAGAACCGCUUCUCACAGAGAUGAUUCACGAGGCUGCUUACAGGGGGAACACAGUGGGCCUCCACCGUUUCUGCCCCACAGAAAAUGUCGCCAAGAUUGAUCGAGAAGUACUUCAUUCCUACCUGAGAAACUACUACACACCAGACCGCAUGGUGCUGGCUGCGGUGGGGGUGGAGCACAGCCUCCUGGUGGAAUGCGCCAGAAAGUACCUCCUGGGAACCCGCCCGGCCUGGGGAAGUGGGAAGGCCGUGGACGUGGAUAGAUCCGUAGCACAGUACACUGGGGGGAUCGUCAAGCUAGAGAGAGAUAUGUCCAACGUCAGCCUGGGCCCUGCCCCGUUCCCCGAGCUCACGCACAUCAUGAUAGGGUUGGAGAGCUGCUCCUUCCUGGAGGGAGACUUCAUCCCCUUCGCCGUGCUGAACAUGAUGAUGGGAGGUGGCGGCUCCUUCUCGGCCGGCGGGCCCGGCAAGGGCAUGUUUACCAGGCUCUACCUCAACGUGCUCAACAGGCACCACUGGAUGUACAACGCAACCUCCUACCACCACAGCUACGAGGACACGGGCCUCCUGUGCAUUCACGCCAGUGCCGACCCCAGACAGGUUCGGGAGAUGGUGGAAAUCAUCACGAAGGAAUUCAUCCUGAUGGCUGGAACCGUGGAUGAGGUGGAGCUGGAGCGAGCCAAGACGCAGCUGAUGUCCAUGCUCAUGAUGAACCUGGAGUCCAGGCCUGUGAUCUUUGAGGACGUCGGGAGGCAGGUGCUGGCGACCUGUUCCAGAAAGCUGCCCCAGGAGCUGUGCGCGCUCAUCCGCAACGUGAAGCCAGAAGACAUCAAGAGAGUUGCUUCUCAGAUGCUCCGCAGGAAGCCUGCCGUGGCUGCGCUGGGCGAUUUGACGGACCUGCCGACGUACGAGCACGUCCAGGCGGCGCUGUCGAGCAAAGACGGGCGGCUGCCCCGGACGUACCGGCUCUUCCGCUAGAGGCCCUCCAGGGCUGACGCGGCUGAGAGCCGUACCCAGAGCACAUUUUAUACUGUUUUUUUGGAUGUGAAUUUAGUCACAUAAAUUCAUAAAGGGUGCAAACUAUGGGACUCUUCUCUUACACGUGAACAAAUGCCAUGUCAUCAGAGCACGGCUCAGUUCCUGUUCCUUCAGGGCUGGAUUUGCCAGUUAGUGGGAUAAAGAUUUACUUUCAGCCCAGCCAGGACCCAGGUGGAGUGCAGACAGCUCAGAGCAGCUGGCUGUAGUAACACCAGGGCGGCAGUCACACUCUCGUGAGUUUCAGCAGGUGGGGUCACCGCGGGUCCCCUGAGGCUAGUGGUCUCAUCACAGAGGCCGGUGGGCCGGUCAGCCCUGCCCAGCUUCCUGGAAGGCUUGUGCCACCCAGGCUCACCUGCUUCCCAAGAUGGUCACCAAACCCCUUGGUGGGUCCCGGGGGAGGCGAGAGCUCGUGUCGGUUUCAGGAGCGCAGCCAGCACCCGGGCCUUCUGCAUCACUGUGGCGGUCACACAGCAGUGUGUCCCUCCCGCUCGCCUGCGGGAGCCUUGUUGAGGGCUGUCUCCACCACAGCCCUCCUACACAGAGAUGGCUCCAGGCAGGCGAGCAGGCCCCUUCUCCCUGAGAGUCGUCCAGUUUGACCCAGUGUUGUGAGGCCUCUUGCCCUGGAAUGGAGACACAUUCUGAUUUCUGAGGUAUCAGAAUGCGUGGGGGCGGGGCUGGUUUCUUAGAGCUGAUGGUGGGUGCUAACAGCAAAGCCUGGAAACAUCUUAAGAGAUGAGAAGAAUAAAGAGCUGUGGAGUCCUCAGGCGUGUGUAGAUGUUUCAGGAGAACCACAAGGUCAGAUGACUGGAAACAUAGCUUAGCUUCAUGGUUCUCGAAGUUAGACACCCAUAGAACCCUGGGGUUCCCUGUGGGAGGGCCUGGGGCCUGAGAACCUGCAGUGCUGCGUCGAGUAGUUCCCAUGCUGCCCCAGUUCAGAGGGUAGCUACCUGCCACACAGCAGUCAGUGGCUUGCACAAAAUUGGGCUGCACGGUUCUGUCAGAGCAGAGAGUGGCCCCCGGUCCUCUUUUAAGAGCCCAGCCUCUGCAGUACAGAUGGAAGAGGGAGGGAUGGUUAAGGAGUCAAGUAAAUAUUGAAAUUACUCCUGCUAUUUAAUGCCUUUAUUUUGCCAGGGCCUCUUGUCAUCUGCCUCUGCAACAUGUGUUCCAGCCUCAGCGACUGCAUUUGUCCCGGGCCCUGCACCGCUCUCCGCACACCCCUUACAGCCCAGUCCACUGGGGGCGGAGCAAGGGAGGUGGGCCGGAGGCAAAUGGCAGGUGGUCCAGCAGUGCAUUGCCAGGUGUCAUGUUUCCUGUGGUGACCACACUGGGAAAGGGACCUGGCGGUAGACAGGUCAGAAGUUUGGCUGCACAGCAAAUGUGCAUUAAGGUGGGGACGUAGCUCAUGAGAUGAGGGGGUGAACCUCACCUUGGCCUUCAAAGCUCAUGCAGACCUGGAGUUGAACUUCUGACCACCCAGCAGCUUUAGGAACAUUCUAGAAACUGCUACUAACCAGACAGGUGUCUGUUUUGGAAGCUGGCAUUAACAUAAGUUUUCUUUAUUAUUUCUUUAUUUCCCUUUAUUUUCUUUAUUUCCGCCUCCCUUGCCCCCUCCUCCAUCCCUCUCUCGAUACCCGCCCCCAGACCUCUCCCUCCCUCCUGCCCCUUUACCCAGAGGUCGCUCUCGGGGCCUUCCCUGGCACCCUUUCAGCCCCCAACCCAUCUUCCCCCAUCUGCUUUGUCAUCUUUGUCGACAUCUCCCUGGACGGGCUGGCUGGGCCACAGCCCCCAUGCCCCUGGGCUGUGCAGAGCUGGUCUCUGGAGGCCCCGGCAGGCACUUGCUGGAGGAGUGACAGGAGGGAUGCGUGUCUGAGAAUGACGAGAGCCAAAUUUAAAAACCACCCUCACGCCGGGUCACGUUCACAAAUCUUUAUGAAGCUGCUUGUCCAGACUGGCCAAUUUCAUCUGCGUUAACUUGCAUUUUAAACUGACUUCCCAAGUGACGGUCCAUUCACCUAACCCUGAAGGCUGGUUUGAAGGCAUUCGCUGAACUUCAGACCCACGAUCCUCUUGGACGGAUGUGAUUCCCCAGAGACGGGGAGCUUGGUCUCGGGCCAAACUAACAGACCCCGGGGUCUCACUGAAAUCUCUUUUCCAUGGUUUGGGUCAGAGAAAAUGCCUGGAAGGAAAAAUCUUACUCAUUUCAAGCCUCAUCACAAAAAUCUUUCUAACAGAGAUUUUCAGUUAAUUGACUUGCAACUCGACGGCAUGUUCAUUUGAGCAAAAUUUCAUACAUACAGACAAUCUGAAUAGUUUCCUGAAAUUAGAUGGGAUUGGCUGUGCCUUCUCAUUCUGGAAUUUCUGCCACUUGAAUCAAAAGGUUGGGUGUGUAUUGCUUUAAAACUUAAAUUCCAUAUUUUGGAAGCAGCUGCUAAUAAAAGUCUGACACACCA